AUGCAAGUGCAUAACGCGUGGAACAUCGCUUUCAAACUUUCCGCGCCAUUAGGAUCACUCCAGAGAAAAGCUCCAGUGUCUCACCUUGUUGUAGCUCAGCGCUUCAUUCCAGCCGAAACUAAAGAAUGUGAAUCCGACAGAAAUAAAUCCAGUUUGAAGCGCGGCAUGUUGUGCAGGAGCGGGGCAGGAGCGGGACGCGCGCUGGACACGAGCCGCUCAUGUGCGCCGCUCGCGGGGAAUGAGCUGAAGCCUGACGCACGGCGCCAGCGACGUCACCUGCCACAGCCGCGCGCCAGCUCAAGAGACAAGGAGAAGUGA